GAAAGGAGAAAAGAAAAAACACAAUCUCUCUCUACCCUCUCUGUGUCUCUUUGUCCGAACUCCAAAGCCGUGGAUCUCUCUUAAUCUCUUAUCGUCUAUCCUCAUUCUCUCUCCUCUCAGUGGUGCUAAAUAACAACAAUAAUCCGCCUUGAGAAAAAGAUAUCGCUACUCUAGAUCCCUUCUUCUCAUCACCUACGGAACAAGGUCUCUUCAUUUUUUUGCUUCUUUGCUUCAUACCGAAGGUCGAGGUUUGGGUUUCGAUGUAUCCAUCUGUCUAUCUUCUUCUUCUUCUUCUCGUUUGAUCUCAUGAUAUCUGACUCAAUAAUUCAGAUCUUUCUUACUUGAAUUCCAUUGUUUUUUAUGUUUAGAAAACUUCAUUUGAUCUUAAUUUUUGGGUUCUGUCUGUAAUUGCGACUGUAUUGUAAUUUUUUUUUCCUUGAUCUGAUUAAAUCUUGAUCAGUUGUUGUUGUUGGUUGUGGUACUAUGUCUUAUCUUUGUUCCGAGGUAGAUGAGAUCGAUCAUUUUGAUCGAUUGCCGGAUUCUUUGUUGUUGAUAGUCUUUAACCAGAUCGGAGAUGUUAAAGCUUUAGGUAGAUGUUGCGUCGUAUCCCGACGUUUUCAUGAACUGGUUCCACAGAUCGAUAACGUUGUCGUCAGAGUUGAUUGUGUAAUAUCAGAUGACGACGCAUCCGCUACCGCUGCUUCUUCCGACAAAACACGUAGUGUUUUUUCUAAUCUUAUUCGUCUUGUCUUUGGUGGAAUCUUUAAGCCGCUUCAAGCCCUAGGUCAAUUUCUUGGACCUAGAAAGUCAGCAUCAUCAUCAUCCUCGUCUACAUCGUCUUCCUCAUCAAUCAGUGGCGGUGUUGGUGGUAAUGGUGGGAAUGGUACUCUAAUCAAUGAUGACGAAGAAAUGGAAUCAGGAGGUGUGACUCAUCAUUCACCUACACAAGUAUUGAAAAACUUCAAUGAGAUCCGCAGGUUGCGGAUCGAGCUUCCUAGUGGAGAAUUAGGAAUUGAUGAUGGUGUUUUACUCAAGUGGAGAGCUGAUUUUGGAUCCACUCUUGAUAAUUGUUUAAUUCUUGGUGCUUCUUCAAUUAUUGACCCACCGAAACCUGCUUCUGCUUUUUCUCUUCUCCAAGAGAAUCUUCUUCACGGUGGUGCUGCAGCUGCAGCUGCUGCUUCUGCUGCUAUUGAAGAUGAUGGGAGUAUUCCUGAAUCUUUUUAUACAAAUGGAGGUUUAAAAUUGAGAGUGGUUUGGACUAUAAGUUCCUUAAUUGCUGCUUCAGCUAGACAUUAUUUGCUUCAGCCCAUAAUUGAUGAUCAUCAAACUCUAGAUAGUCUUAUUUUAACUGAUUCAGAUGGGCAAGGGGUACUAUGUAUGAAUAAGGAGCAGUUGGAGGAACUAAGGGUGAAACCAUUGUCUGCUUCUACCGCAUCAAAAAGGACUCUUGUUCCUGCACUCAAUAUGAGGCUAUGGUAUGCUCCUCAGUUAGAGCUUCCUGAUGGGUCUGUUUUGAAAGGUGCAACCUUAGUUGCCAUUCGUCCUACUGAACAGACAUCUGCCAAGAAAGAGGUAUCCGAUGUUUCUUGGGUUUCAAAUGCAUUUGAGGAGCCAUACGGGACAGCUGCUAAAUUGCUGGUAAGAAGACGAACUUAUUGCCUGGAAAUGAAUUCUUUCUGAGAGCCAUGAAUGCUAAGGUAAAAUAGUUAAGCGCAAUGGUUCAAGGAAAAGGGGGAUUUGGGUAAUUCGACUGGCAGAGAAGAAACGACACUCAUAUGUAACUGGGUAAGUAUGCACUGCUGAGUCUUCCUUCCAUCAAAGGCAGCACUUGUUAACUUCUUUUUCCAUCAAACGGAGCACUUGUUAACUUCUUUACGCAGCCGGAACAGAUGAUGAUCUCCUGUAUAGUUGCCUUUUGUGCUUUAACUGGAAGGUGGAUGCAUCUGCUUUUUGAUUUAGUUUCUUUUCACCGCAGCUUAUUCUUGUAAAGCACACAUCGAGAGCUAAAUUAUAAUGAUGGCAAGAGCUUCAAGUUUGUAGCCGUGCACUUCAAUCAAAUUUCCCUUCUAACAUGUGAAUAUUGUAGGCACAGUUGUAUUUGCUUAUGUGAACAUGCUUUUCUUGUGUUCCACGAGUAGCAUUAUUCUUGCAUUAAAACCUUUCUUUUGUUCUUUUUGUUUUUGCUUUUCUUAAACCUGUCGUCAUUGUAACAAAUAAAUGCUGUUGUAGUUCUGGGUCUCAGAUACUUUCUACUCUACGUUCCUAAAAAUAAAGGCAUUUUGAUACUUGUACCCCUUGUCUAGUGCUGGUUGUUGUUAAUUACACUAUACAAUGUUAUUUCAAUGAAUUUUUUGUAAUUUAACUUC